AUGACUUCUGAUCAGGACACUAAAGUUGUGGCUGAACCGCAGGUGCAGCAAGUACAAGAAGUAAAAGACAGUUCUCAUCUAGUAAGACCUCCUGUCUCUAGGCCUGGCUCUCAAUCCACUGAGCUACCCAGCUGCCCCCUGUUGAAAGAACCAGCCAAGGUUUCAGAGUUAAACCCUAAUGCAAAAGUAUGGGGGAAUCAUCUGUUACACUUGGAAGCAAGUGGUACUACUGAUGGAAAUGUGAGCAAAACCUGGGAAGAAAUAGCAGAUCACCCUCCAGAUGCCUGCAAAGAAGGAUUGGAUGCCAACAGUAAUGUCGACACAUCAUAUCCAAAUGCAGUGUUAGGAGACCUGCAAGAACCAGUUUCAUUGUCAGACCAAACAGAUAUGAGCACUUUGGUCCUGGACCAUUCAGAAUAUGAGCCUAUGCCUGAAAACUCCCAGACAGGGGGGGCGGAAGAAAUUGAAGAAAUCCCGGAGGACCCCCGAGAAGUGCUUAAAAAAACACUGGAAUUCUGUUUAUCUCGAGAGAAUCUUGCAAGUGACAUGUAUCUUAUAUCACAGAUGGAUAGUGAUCAGUAUGUGCCAAUAACAACAGUAGCUAACCUCGACCAUAUCAAGAAACUAUGUACUGAUUUGGAUUUAAUUGUUGAAGUUCUGCGAUCUUUGCCUUUAGUUCAAGUGGAUGAAAAUGGAGAAAAAGUCAGGCCAAAUCAGAAUCGCUGCAUUGUUAUAUUGCGUGAAGUACCUGAAUCGACUCCUAUUGAAGAAGUAGAAGCACUCUUCACAGGAGAUAACUUGCCUAAGUUUGUCAAUUGUGAAUUUGCCUAUAAUGACAAUUGGUUUAUAACAUUUGAGUCGGAAGCCGAUGCACAACAGGCUUAUAAAUACCUGAGAGAAGAACUGAAAAUUUUUCAAGGAAAACCAAUAAAGGCACGGAUAAAAGCAAAGGCUAUUGCUAUAAACACAUUUUUGCCAAAGAAUGGAUAUAGACCUCUGGACAUGAACCUUUAUACACAACAGCGUUAUACAACAUCAUUUUACUUACCUCCAGUAUACAAUCCGCAUCAACAGUUCCCAUUGUACAGCUUAAUUACACCACAGACCUGGUCAGCUACACAGAGUUAUCUUGAUCCAUCCUUGGUAACACCAUUUCCAAAUACUGGAUUUAUCAAUGGGUUUACAUCUCCCACCUUCAAACCUGCAGCAUCUCCUCUAACUUCACUUAGACAAUAUCCUCCUAGAAACAGGAAUCCUAGUAAAUCACAUCUGCGACAUACGCUACCCACUGCAGAUAGAGGACCUGGACUAUUAGAAAGCCCAACAAUAUUUAAUUUCUCUACCGACCGCUUAAUUAAUGGUGUCCGGAGUCCACAAACAAGGCAACCAGGACAGAACAGAACACGGAUGCAAACCACUUCAACUUACGCCAAGAGGGAUAUUGGAAUUGGACGAAUGGAACAGAAUAAUCUUGAAACUUCUUCAUUGUUAGGUAGAGGAAGGAAAAAUUCUUAUGGCUUGAGGAAAAAGAGAGAGGACAAGUUUACAAGAAGUCAAACUCAGUCUCCCACGCCACCAAAGCCUCCAUCUCCUAGCUUUGAAUUAGGCUUGUCUAGUUUUCCACCUUUACCUGGAGCUGCAGGCAAUUUGAAGACAGAGGAUUUGUUUGAGAACAGGUUCUCUAACAUGGUAAUAGGAACAUCAAAAGAAAGACCCCUGAAUGUGGAUGCAAGUACAAACAUUAUUCCUGCAAUAAUGCCUAGAGAGCCUUCAAUGUCAGGUUCUUCUGUUCUGUCAGCAGGAUAUGAACAGUCUCCUUCCCCAGUCCAGUUAUCUGAAGAAUCCAAGGUUGUGGAAAACAAGCAGAGGGAAACUCACAGCGUGGAAAGGCUUCCUUGUACCCUCGUUCCCACUGCGUGUAGAUCGGUGCAAGUCAAUGGAGUUCCCGCAGAAUCGAGAAAACCCAGUUAUGCAGAAAUUUGCCAGAGAACAACUAAAGAGCUGCCCCCCCCUCCUCCUCCUCUUCCUCCUCCUCCUCCCUUACAAGCCCAGAAAGAACAGAAGUCAAACUCAGCUGGCUGUGGGAAAGAAGAGAAAAAACCCACUGAACCACCAGUGGAGAGAUGCCGAGAACCCCCUCUUUCAAAAUCAAAUCCAGGACACCCCAAAGACCAGAGGAGACAGUCAGGCCGCAGAUCCCCACCACCAGCCCCUGGGAAGCGUUUGAAUAAAGAACAGAGCACACCUCCCAGAUCUCCGCAGUGAACCCUGUGUGUGUUGGAGGGGGCUGUGGAAGAGUUCUGUUUACCAAGGUUCCCACUCGGAGUACGGAGCAUGAGUUGCUGGUUAGGAGCUUGCAGUGGUACAUGAGGCGUGUGAAAUGCCUUCAAGUUAAUUUUCUUCUAUGAAAAAUUAUUUUCCCCUCUUGAAAAACAGUCUAUUUUUUCAGAAUUUAAUUGAUCUAAACCUUAUGUUUAGGUUGGUGCUUAACUGGAGGUGAUGCAUAAAGUCUGAUUUUUUUUCAGGAUAGAAAAUGCAUUUAUCUUAACAAAUUGAUAUUUUUUAUUAAGCCUCCAUGUGGCUAUGAAUGCAAGCUAUAUAUAUAGUGAGUUUUUCUAAAUUAAGCAGAAGUCUACUGCUUUCUUUUUUUUAAUAACCGGUCUGGAAGUACAUACCUUAAAAUGUCUAAAUAGAGACUAAUGAUCGCUGGUGACGGCUAGUAUUGAGAGUGCAGGAAGAGCAGAUAAAUUUUAUAAAAUGCUGGCACAUGUAACUGGGAGGAAAUUUUUUUUAAUUAUUAUUAUUAUUAUUAUUAUAUUACUGUGACUCACUUGGGCAUAGGAACUUGCACUUUUAGGUUAACUAAAUGGUUGGUUCUGGCAUUUUAACAUUUUAAUUACUAUUUGAUCUUCAAUGCAAAUGAACAAUAAAAAUCCUGUGGAGAGCACCAUA